CUACAUUUCGCGGUCACGCGAGGUAUCGAUGAUGGAGUGCCUGCCAGAUGCGUGCUAGGCCUCGGUCCAUCGGUCUGCGCCUCCCGAGCGUCUCUUGGCAAGGCGGCAUCCCAUCCUCCACCAGCCCCCGCAAAUCAACAUGCUCAUACGAUAGCAGUCCGCAUCUGGCCACGCUCACUGAACUUCCGCUCCUUAUCACAUCGCCUCCAUCAUCCGCGAGCUCGAAGCUCCUGCGCCGCCGCUUUCCCGUCCGUCUCUCCUCGCGCGGCAUCUCCAAGGCAGCAGUCUGCGCAUCGGAGCUAGGUGAAGCUUGCUGUACCGCGCCGCUGAGCGAAGCGGCGAUAUGCGACGCACCCCAUGGACCGCCACGCUGCUGGUCUCGUUGGCUCUCGCGGGACCCUCAGGAGCCCAGAAGACGUUCGGCAAUUAUUCCGCCGCCGAACUGCCCCAAGACCUCUUCUCGAUAUACGGCGAUAGGCCCGACGGAUGCCCGCCAUGCUUCAACUGCAACCUGGACGACUUCCAGUGCCACCAGUUCGCCAAAUGUAUAAAAGGGAACGGGAAGUGUGACUGUACGCCCGGGUUCGGCGGCGAGGACUGUUCGACGCCGCUCUGUGGCUCCCUCCCCGAUGGCAACAGGAACCGGGCACCCAGAGAAGGAGACAGAUGCGACUGCAAAGAGGGUUGGACGGGCAUCAACUGCAAUGUGUGCCAGAACAACGACGCAUGCAAUGCUAUGAUGCCAGAAGGAGAAGGCGGAGUGUGCUACACAAAUGGGCAACUGGUCAACGAAAACUACCAGAUGUGCGACAUCACGAAUAAGAAGAUCCUCGACCAGCUGAAGGACAAGAAGCCACAGGCGACCUUCUCCUGUAACAGGGAGGCCGAAGAAUGCAACUUCCAAUUCUGGGUUGAGCGACAAGAAUCAUUCUAUUGCGCCCUCGACACGUGCACCGCGAGCUGGACCGCCGAAAGCGAUCGCAACAUCACCGAAUACAAGUGCCAAAACAUCAAGUGCGCGUGCGUACCAGGAAGGAUGCUCUGCGGGGAGUCAGGAUCCGUCGAUAUCGGCGAGUUCUUGAAAGAGAUGAUCAAGGGCCCAGGUGAAUUUCGGACCGUCUCUACCCUUGAUGGCAGGGACAGCGGUUCUAUCUUCUCCGAGCCGGCCAUGAAUGACCUCAUCUCCUCCAUCUUUGGCGACGAGAGCAUCUUCCUUAAAUGCAACGCAGGAGAAUGUCUUUAUGAGACCGAGGUUCCUGGCUACGAGAGGCCUAUCAAGACGAUAAAUACUCCUUUGAUCGCUGGUGUUAUCGCGGGCUGCGCACUGUUCGUUGUUGCAGUCAUCCUUGCCAUCUGGUACCUUGCUCGUCGAGCGGAAAGGAGACGGUGGGGUCCGAUCCACCUCUCCGAUGACGAGGAAGAUGAAAACGCGAAGCUGCUGGCCGAUCAUAAGCCUGCUUCCUUGGCAUUUGAGAAUGUGUCGUAUCAACUCAACGGCAAGCAGAUUCUUGCUGGCAUCUCUGGUGCUGUUCAUCCUGGAGAGCUGUUGGCCAUCAUGGGUGCGUCCGGAGCCGGCAAGACCACGUUCCUGGACAUACUAGCCCGCAAGAAUAAGAUCGGCAUCACCGGCGGCGAGUUAUAUCUCAACGGAGAGAGAGUUCGUGAUGACGAGUUCCGAAGCGUCAUCGGAUUUGUCGACCAAGAGGACACCAUGCUGCCGACCUUGACGGUCCAUGAGACAAUCCUAGACUCAGCUUUGCUGCGACUUCCCAAGGAGAUGAGUCGCGCUUCGAAGGAGCAGCGGGUCGAAGAUGUGGAGCGGCAGCUCGGCAUUCAUGCUAUUCGACAUCAGAAGAUUGGCUCAGAAGAGGGCGGCCGUGGUAUUUCCGGCGGAGAGAAGCGCCGCGUAGGGAUCGCAUGUGAGCUAGUGACGUCUCCCAGCAUUCUGUUCCUCGAUGAACCUACCAGCGGACUGGAUGCUUUCAACGCAUUCAACGUAGUAGAAUGUCUUGUCACUCUUGUGAAGAACUACAACAGGACCGUGGUCUUCACAAUCCAUCAGCCGAGGUCCAACAUCGUUGCUCUCUUCGACCAGCUCAUCCUUCUCGCGAAAGGUCGGACGGUUUAUUCUGGACCCUUCGAAAGCUGCCAGGCAUAUUUCGACCACAUCGGCUACAGCUGCCCACCCGGUUUCAAUAUUGCCGACUACCUAGUGGACCUCACGAUGCACGCCAGCACCGCUAGCCGACUCACAGAGGAGGACAGUUCUCUUUUCACGAGAGAUGGCUUAGGGACUAGAGCAAGCAGCGCGAUCGCGGUCAAGUCAAUUCCGAGCGUGAACAAUGAUCAUGACACCGCCGGCAGCCCGAGCAUUUCAAGCAUUCGGCCGAAGAAUAAGCGAAGGACCUCUAUCCGGCAGCAACAAGAGCGUGAACUCUUCACGAGGAAGAAGAGCUCGGCUCCCGCAGAUGGUACGGUGUCCCCAAAAACUGAUGAUGGCGAAAUCCCGUAUGAGCGUCGGGAGGGUACUACCGCUCAGUGGCUGAAACUUACUCGUCAACAAGGUGCACCACCUCCACAGAUCCUGGAUGAUCCAGAUGAGCUUCCGCCUCCAGCGGACGGCGGCACCGGAACCAGCCUGGACACCCUUGUAAACGCAUACGCGACCUCCGACAUUGCGGGUGCUCUUCAUGAGGACAUCGCUAGCGCCAUAGCCAGAGCAAACGAAGCCAACGGUUAUAAUAACACCAAUGAGCAGCCGAACGGAUUUGUAGCAGCUGGCAAGGUGAAGGGCUUUCGAAAGGUUGGCUUGAUUGGUCAGUUCAUCAUUCUCUCGAAGCGUACCUGGCGCAACCUCUAUCGCAAUCCGAUGCUCAUGCUCACCCACUACGCCAUUGCCAUCAUCCUCGCGGUCUUCCUCGGGUUCCUAUUCUUCGGUCUCACCGACGAUAUCAAGGGUUUUCAGAACCGCCUCGGCCUCUUCUUCUUCGUGCUGGCUCUCUUUGGCUUUAGCACUUUGACUGUUCUCACUGUCUUCGCCCCUGAACGCCUUCUCUUCACGCGGGAACGUGCGAAAGGCUACUAUUCGCCUCUAUCAUAUUUUGCCGCGAAGGUUCUCUUCGAUAUCGUACCAUUACGACUAAUCCCGCCCAUCAUCCUCGGCAUCAUCGUAUAUCCGAUGACCGGUCUCAUCCCGGCAUGGCCCGAAUUUCUCAAGUUCGUCCUCUUCCUGGUUCUCUUCAACCUUGCGGCCGCCGCGAUCUGCUUGUUCAUUGGCAUUGUUUUCCGCAAUGGGGGAGUCGCGAAUUUGAUUGGCGUUCUUGUGAUGCUGUUCAGCUUGUUGUUCUCAGGCUUCUUCCUGAAUAAGGAGAGUAUCCCUGCGGCAGCGAAGUGGUUGCAAACUCUAUCCAUCUUCCAUUACGCGUUCGAAGGCCUCAUCGUCAACGAAGUCAAGUACCUCUCCUUGGUGGACCACAAGUAUGGCCUCGACAUCGAAGUCCCUGGUUCAGCCAUUCUCAGCUCCUUCGGCUUCAACACCAUGGCGCUAUGGCGCGACUGUAUUGGCCUUGCCGUCUUCGGAGGCGCAUUUGUCAUCCUGGCAUACCUUGCCAUGCACUUGCUGCUGGUGGAGAAGCGAUAGUUGUGCAGUCUUCCUUUUCUCGCCCGCGGAGCAUUCGCGGGCUGUGUAAACAUAGCGCUCGGAAGGAUCGUGUUCCGGGCAAUUUUCUUAGCAUUUUGUCUUUUUUUGGUUGGUUGUCCUGUUGUGUUGUCGGGCGCAUACGAUGGCGUUGCAUAUUGUAGAUGGCGUUUGCGGCGGUCUUGCGACCGAGACUAGUAUAUACAUGAAUGUGGAGAUGGUAUCCUACCAGUAUCUCGG